GGCAGAGCUCAACGACAAUAUUGACAAAGCUCCGGUUGCCCCGGCAGGGCGAGCGAAAUAAGGCGAAUCAGGGCUUAUGAGGCGUUCAGCUAGAAGAGACUGCUUUAGGACAAGCUUUUGCUGUGCCUCACGAUAAGCUUCGAGGCUGAUUCAGCCUAGUCCUGAAAUGGAGUCGAUUCUUUCGGGGCAGACGAGCUCGGGGGAGCUUCACGCCGAUGAAUCGGUGACGUUCAAAUAUCUCACGGGAGACCCGAACGACUCAGCGGACAGGUUGCUUGCACGUGUUGUCGUCUACAGCGGAGCGGGGCGAGCGGUUGCGGCUCCGGCGGCAGAGGACAGUGAUGGACAAAUGAAGCCCGAGACCCUUUCCUUCGACCUCACCCAUGCAUCUCGAAAUGAUUUGCGGCGUUCGUCGUCGUCAUCACCAACAAUGACGUGGGGUGCGCGAGAGAAAAAGAACGAAAUCCGUCCCUCUGGCUGUUGCUUUUCGACGCGCGGAUCGAACCCUCUGGACCUCUUGCAGGCUCCACGUGUUGGCCAUGAGCCAGAAGGGCUACCUUCCAUGCGAGCUUUUCGACGUUCGUUGGGACCGUCGACGCGUGUACAUUGCGACACGAAGAUGGACUCGACAAAUAAACGUUUCCGAUGGAUGAAGAAAGUUCUGGUAUUAUCUAUGAUAUGUCCUUGGUGCAGAUAUUUUCAAGUAUGUGCCAGCGCAGCAUCAUCGACGGCAAAUCAGAACAGUGAGCUUCAGCAGUAGUCGAUAUUGUAGUUGUUCCUUCUGUCUUUACGUUUACAGGAUCGCGAGAAUUCUCAUAGACCCAUCACUGGUUGCCGACGACCUCCCCGGCUGUGA